AUGACGAUGCGACGCGCGGCGGCGCUCGGCGCCCGCCACAUCCUCGCCUCCUCGGCGGCCUCCUCGCGCCUCACCAGCCGCCGCCACAUGGGCAGCGUGGACGCGGCCGCGGCGAUGGAGAAGAUCCGGGCGGCGGGGCUGCUCAGGACGCAAGGCCUCAUCGGCGGCAAGUGGGUCGACGCCUACGACGGGAAGACCCUCGAGGUGCAAAAUCCGGCAACUGGCGAGGUCAUUGCUAAUGUUGCCUGCAUGGGCAACAGAGAAACAUCUGAUGCAAUAGCUUCCGCGAACACUACGUUUUAUUCUUGGAGCAAACUCACUGCAAGUGAAAGGAGCAAGGCACUAAGAAAAUGGCAUGAUCUACUUAUUUCACACAAGGAAGAACUUGCACUUCUCAUGACACUGGAACAGGGGAAGCCUAUGAAAGAAGCCCUUGGGGAGGUAAAUUAUGGUGCAAGUUUCAUAGAAUAUUUUGCUGAGGAAGCAAAACGUGUAUAUGGUGAUAUUAUUCCACCUACCCUGGCUGACCGCAGAAUAUUGGUUCUGAAGCAGCCUAUUGGGGUAGUUGGAGCUAUUACACCAUGGAAUUUUCCUUUAGCGAUGAUAACCAGAAAGGUUGGACCAGCAUUGGCUUGUGGAUGCACUGUUGUUGUCAAGCCAUCAGAGUUCACACCUCUGACAGCAUUAGCUGCAGCAGACCUUGCUCUUCAAGCUGGAAUACCUGCUGGUGCGCUGAAUGUUGUGAUGGGUAAUGCUCCUGAGAUAGGUGAUGCGCUAACACAGAGUACAAAGGUCAGAAAAAUCACAUUCACGGGAUCAACAGCUGUAGGUAAAAAACUCAUGGCCGGAUCAGCAAAUACUGUGAAAAAGGUUUCUUUGGAACUUGGUGGGAAUGCACCUUGCAUUGUUUUCGAUGAUGCAGAUAUUGAGGUUGCUGUUAAAGGCAGUCUUGCUGCCAAGUUUCGUAACAGUGGACAGACAUGUGUAUGUGCAAACAGGAUACUGGUGCAGGAAGGUAUCUACGAAAAAUUUGCAAGUGCAUUUGUCAAGGCUGUUCAGAGUUUGCAGGUUGGUAACGGGCUAGAAGAGAGUACAUCACAGGGUCCACUAAUCAAUGAAGCUGCUGUUCAAAAGGUAGAGAAGUUUGUAGAUGAUGCUACAUCAAAGGGAGCCAAUAUCAUACUCGGUGGUAAAAGGCACAGCCUCGGGAUGUCAUUUUAUGAGCCAACUGUGGUAGGGAACGUCAGCAGCGAUAUGCUUCUUUUCAGGGAAGAAGUUUUUGGUCCAGUUGCACCACUUAUACCAUUCAAAACCGAGGAAGAAGCAAUCCAGUUAGCCAAUGACACAAAUGCAGGGUUAGCCGCAUACAUGUUUACAAAGAGCAUACCUCGGUCAUGGCGUGUUUCCGAAGCUCUUGAGUACGGGCUUGUUGGUGUGAAUGAGGGAUUGAUUUCAACAGAGGUAGCACCAUUUGGUGGGGUUAAGCAAUCUGGCCUUGGGCGAGAGGGGUCAAAAUAUGGCAUGGAUGACUACCUGGAGAUCAAGUAUGUAUGCAUGGGAAACCUGAGUUGAUGCUUGACGUUGGCCUUUGCUGGUGCCUGAACCACAGUGCUGGUGCGCUGUCGGGUCUAGGUCUAGAGUACGGGAGGGGAUACUGAGUUGUAAGAGAGGAGUGCACCGUGGAGGCUCCUGGAGAACAUAGUAGAAGGCUGAAAUAAAGAGAGCAAGCCACGGCAGAAUAAAAAGGUUGUAAUGAGUUGUACAUGAAUGACGUGGAAGAUAAAUAGUGGCUUCUCUCAAAACUUAAGUAUCAGCAUGGCUUAAUCUCAAAACUUCAGUAUCGAUAGUUAUCACGA